AGCGUUGGGGUUUUCAUGCAACUCAACUUCCGGUAUCUGAUCAUCCAAAUGGUUUUACAGAGGAGGAAAAAAAACAACUAGAUAAAAAAUAAGAUGAUGACUAGAGAAAAAGACCGCAGGCACCGAGCAGCAUCCCUCGGCACAGACUGGGGCUUAUGCGGCGUAAACCCCGUGUAGCGCGUUACAGCGGAGUCCGAAGCGCCGUCAUCGGGACCGGGCCGCUGGUCGCCGAAAGCUGCGGGCGGCGUCGGUACCAAGGGGUGGAUAGAAAGUGGGCGGGAGGAAUACAGUGUCACACAGGGGGCUACGUUACCUCACAGAGCAUUUAUGAUAUUUACAUACAACAAAUGAACAUACUUAUAACCAUCCUUUCAGCAUAUUUUACUGAUAAGACGCAUUAUCAUACUGGAUUAAUUCGAAUCGCAUUAACUAUCCAAUACACACGUAAAUAUUAAAAUAAAUAUACUUUCUCCUAAAAGAAUCAUACACACAUCUGUGGUUUGUCGCAAAGACUUAAAGGUGCGAUAGCUGGCUUUUCUUGAAGCCCGGCACUGGAGGGACGUAAAAGUCGCUAUGGCGGUAAACUUGGACAAGGAGGCUUAUUACCGCCGGAUCAAGCGGUUAUACGCCAACUGGAAGGUAAAAUUAACGGCCGCGAAUGGCUAAGGAGGGACAGUAACAGUAAUGAAGUGAGAAAGGGGAGGAUAACUUUGGCAGGGUGGAUGCCAUCGUGGUGUCUGUGGGAGUGGAUGAGGAGACUGUAUAUGCGAAGUCCACUGCCCUGCAGACGUGGCUCUUUGGCUAUGAGCUGACUGACACCAUCAUGGUUUUUUGUGAGUCGAGCAUCCUCUUCCUAGCCAGCAAGAAGAAGGUGGAGUUCCUGAAACAGGUGGCCAUUACCAAGGGCAAUGAGAAUGCCAACGGUGUGCCCCCUGUCACGCUGCUUGUUCGGGAGAAGAAUGAGAGCAACAAGGCCAACUUUGAAAAGAUGUUGGAGGCCAUACGAUCUAGCAAGGAGGGAAAGACUGUUGGAGUCUUCAGCAAGGACAAGUUCCCGGGGGAGUAUAUGAAGAGUUGGAAUGAUAUGAUCACUGCUGAAGGCCUGGAGAAGGUGGAUCUCAGUGCAGCGGUGGCUUACACCAUGGCUGUGAAGGAGGAUGGAGAGUUAGCCCUCAUGAGGAAAGCUGCAGGAAUUACCAGUGAGGUCUUCAACAAAUUCUUCAAGGAGCGGGUGAUGGAGAUAGUGGACGCAGAUGAGAAAAUGCGUCACAGUAAGCUGGCAGAGUCUGUGGAGAAGGCCAUCGAGGAGAAGAAAUACCUUGCCGGGGCAGAUCCCUCUGCUGUGGAAAUGUGCUAUCCACCGAUCAUCCAGAGCGGUGGUAACUACAGCCUGAAGUUUAGCAUAGUCAGUGACAAGAAUCAUAUGCACUUUGGGGCAAUCACCUGUGCCAUGGGGAUCAGGUACAAGUCAUACUGCUCCAAUCUAGUGCGCACACUGAUGGUGGACCCACCUCAGGAGAUGCAGGACAACUACAGCUUCCUCCUGCAGGUGGAGGAGACACUGCUGAAAGAGCUCAAGAAUGGGGCGAAGCUGUGUGACGCAUACAACGCCGUAGUCGACUUCGUAAAGAAGGAGAAACCUGACCUGGUGGGGAAGCUCACAAAGAACAUUGGGUUUGCAAUGGGAAUCGAGUUUCGGGAGGGAUCACUCGUCCUUAACAAUAAGAACCAGUACAAAUUCAAAAAAGGCAUGGUGUUUGGUAUUAGCCUUGGCUUCUCUGACCUCAUCAACAAAGAGGGGAAGAAGGAAGAGCAGAAGAAGUAUGCCCUGUUCAUCGGCGACACGGUGCAGAUUAAUGAGGAAGAAGCUGCCACAGUUCUAACAUCCGUCAAGAAGAAAAUCAAGAACGUUGGCAUCUUCUUAAAGAAUGAUGAUGAGGAGGAUGAUGAGGAAGAUGCAGAUAAUGCUGAGGAGCUUCUAGGAAGGGGAGCACAAGGAGCUGCCCUACUGGCUGAUAGAACCAGAAAUGAAAUGACAGCAGAGGAGAAGAGGCGGGCCCAUCAGAAGGAGUUGGCCAGUCAGGUGAAUGAGGAGGCCAAACGGCGACUGACAAAGCAGAAGGGAGAGCAACAGAUACAGAAAACACGGAAGUCCAAUGUCUCUUAUAAAAACUUCUCCCAAAUGCCUCGGGAGAAGGAGAUCCGUGAAAUGAAGCUCUUCAUCGAUAAGAAGUAUGAGACUGUGAUCAUGCCCAUCUUUGGUAUUGCCACACCAUUUCACAUUGCCACGAUCAAGAACAUCAGCAUGUCAGUUGAGGGGGACUACACAUACCUCCGUAUCAACUUCUACGUCCCUGGUAGUUCUCUGGGCCGCCACGAUGGCAACAUCUUCCCCAAUCCUGAUGCCACCUUCCUUAAAGAGAUAACUUACCGUGCCUCAAACCUGAAGACACCUGGUGACCCAGCCGUGCCCUCCACCAACCUGCAGAAUGCCUUCCGCAUCAUUAAAGAGGUACAGAAGCGCUAUAAGACACGCGAAGCUGAGGAGAAGGAAAAAGAGGGCAUCGUCAAGCAGGACUCGCUGGUCAUCAAUCUCAACCGCAGCAACCCCAAGCUUAAAGACCUGUACAUUAGGCCCAACAUCGCCCAGAAGCGGAUGCAAGGCUCACUGGAGGCUCACACCAAUGGGUUUCGCUUUACCUCUGUGCGUGGUGAUAAGGUGGACAUCCUGUACAACAACAUUAAACGUUCGAUCUUCCAGCCUUGUGAUGGGGAGAUGAUCAUCGUCCUGCACUUCUACCUCAAGAAUGCAAUCAUGUUUGGAAAGAAACGCCAUACAGACGUACAGUUCUAUACAGAAGUGGGUGAGAUCACCACGGACCUGGGCAAACACCAGCACAUGCACGACAGGGAUGACCUCUAUGCUGAGCAGAUGGAGCGGGAGAUGAGGCACAAGCUCAAAGCUGCCUUCAAAAACUUUAUUGAGAAGGUGGAGAACCUUACUAAGGAGGAGCUGGAGUUUGAAGUGCCAUUCAGGGACCUGGGUUUUCAGGGUGCGCCCUACAGGAGUACAUGCUUACUGCAGCCCACCUCCAGUUCCCUCUGCAAUGUGACGGAAUGGCCGCCGUUUGUGGUGACCCUGGAUGAGGUGGAGCUGGUUCAUUUUGAGCGUGUGCAGUUCCACCUGAAGAAUUUUGACAUGGUGAUUGUGUACAAGGAUUACAACAAGAAGGUCACCAUGAUCAAUGCUGUGCCUGUCAACUCGCUGGAUGCAAUUAAGGAGUGGCUCAAUUCCUGUGACAUAAAGUACACGGAAGGUGUGCAGUCACUGAACUGGACAAAAAUCAUGAAAACUAUUGUGGAUGAUCCUGAAGGAUUCUUUGAGCAGGGUGGAUGGUCCUUCCUGGACCCCGAGAGUGAAGCGAGUGGGGAUGAUGCAGCGGACUCCGAGUCAGAGAUGGAAGAUGAAACCUUUAAUCCCUCAGCAGAGGAGGAUGAGUAUGAAGAGGAAGACAGUGACGAAGACUACUCUUCAGAGACUGAAGACUCAGACUACAGUGCAUCUUUGGGCAGUGAGGAGGAGAGUGGGAAGGACUGGGAUGAGCUGGAGGAAGAGGCCAGGAAGGCGGACAGAGAAAGUCAUUAUGAGGAAGCAGAUGAGAGCUCUAACAGGAAGAGGAAGGGGCGCUCGUCAGCCCCGACUCCCAGCAGCAAGAAGAAGCGACGGCGCUAGAUCUCACUCAGAUUUACUGUAAACUCUCACACUGACCCAUUCAGUAAUCCUGAUCCUAAUCAGCCGUUUCAAACUAAAAUCUAGUCUACUCUUGAGGACCACAGUUCAGCAGUUCUUUGUGGUACUAACAUGGGCUUUAAAUGCAUACCUACCAUCCUACCUGCCAUGGAAUACUACCAGUGCACCAAUGGAGUAAAAUUAAGGUUUUUCUCCAAUAACAGAGAAUCUGAAUCCGUGCACCUCCACACAGGCUUUAGAUAGACGUUCUGUAAAAUGGAGGUAUACCAGUCAUUCUUUUAUUCCUCCUCUAUCCAUCCAUCCUGUUUUAUUUCGUCCCUCCUUCUAGAAAUAGAGGUUAGAUGUAUGUGGUGUUACAAACUUCUUGUGUAUGCAUAUUAUUCUUCUUUUUGAGAAUUCUGAUAUUUGACCAACUGUCUUUGCAUUGGUUUUUAUUUUUAGAUGUUUAAACAGUUGUCUCGGAAGCCUCCGGUCCUGUCCACACAGAAAACUACAGCAUUUAUAGACUUUUCUUGAGUUAAUGUCCAGUUUUUUUUUUUUUUGUAAUAAAAGAACUGAAAUGUCUUUUUUAAAGAUCUUUGUAUUCAAACUUAGGAAACUGCAAAAUGUAAAUGAAUAAGAUAGCUACUGUAUUUUUUUCAUGAGUUAACAUUAAUUAUUGUGUAGUUCUUUUUUGUUUUUUUCCCUGUAAAUAAUUGUAUCAGUCAUACAGGUAGAGUGAAGUCCACACAUAGAAAAACGGGUAAAUUAACAUUUAAUUUGGUUUUCAUGUUGAGAGAUAAUGGUCAGCUUUCUGUCCAUUUGUUCAAAUCAUGGGUAGUUUUUCAGUGAGGUCAUAUUCAAUAAAAUAGGUACAUCACAAACUUUGGACAAAGAGGUAUUUGUCUUAGUGUAGGCAGUAAUUGUUCUGAAACAUUCUUAAAUCUUUAUGUAGUACUGUUUAAUGUCUGUGAUAAUUUUCAGUAGCCUGUUGCUUGUCCAUUUGAUAAUUUGCUGCAAUGUAGAUCAGAAGUCUUCCCUGCAGUUUAUGUUUUGCGUUGUAAUUGGUGCUUUCCCAGUCUAGAGUCUGGCUUUCCCCUCUUAAUCCAAAAACACAGUUUAGGCUAAUUAGUUUCUCUAAAUUGCCUGUAGUGUUUCAUUGUGCAUCCUCUAUCUCAUGUGCAUUAAUGCUUGGGAAAUGUUGCACAAUCCAUGUGACCUUGUGCAAAAUAAGUGGUGGAAGAUGGGUGUUACCUUGAAAUUAUCAUUCUGACCAGAGUAUCUCCCUUCUUGCUCGCUGUGCAUUCUGGGAUAUGCUCUAAGUUGACUGGAUAAAUGGAGUGUGAUCAGUAGAUGAUGGAAUGAUUUGUUGGAAUUUAUGAUACAUAAAUGACUUCUAAUAGAUAAUGCUGUGCAAUUGGCUAAAGCUCAACAUAAUAUAGUGGACUUAUAGUGAUCAUACCGGAAUAAAGGAAAUGCUCAAAACUCAAAAAUCAA